AUGGAGGGCGUGAGCGCGCUGCUGGCCCGCUACCCCACGGCCGGCCUGGCUGGCGGCCUGGGACUCACGGCGUGCGCCGCGGCCGGCGUGCUGCUCUACCGGAUCGCGCGGAGGAUGAAACCGACACACAUUAUGGUCAACUGCUGGUUCUGCAACCAGGACACGCUGGUGCCCUACGGGAACCGCAACUGCUGGGACUGCCCCCACUGUGAGCAGUACAACGGCUUCCAGGAGAACGGUGACUACAACAAGCCGAUCCCUGCCCAGUACAUGGAGCACCUGAACCACGUGGUGAGCAGCACCCCCAGCCGCCACGACCCGCCGCAGCCACAGCAGUGGGUCAGCAGCCAGGUGCUGCUGUGUAAGAGGUGCAGCCACCACCAAACCACCAAGAUCAAGCAGCUGGCUGCCUUUGCACCACGCGAGGAGGACAGGUACGACGAGGAGAUCGAGGUGUUCCGGCACCACCUAGAGCAGUUGUACAAGCUGUGCCGGCCGUGCCAGGCAGCCGUCGAGUACUACAUUAAGUACCAGAACCGCCAGCUGCGCGCCCUGCUGCUCAGCCACCAGUUCAGACGCCGAGAGGCCGACCAGACCUACAUGCAGAGCUUUUCCCCCUCUGCGGUGAAGGCCCCAGUCCAGGUCAUCCUGCUGCGCACCCUCGCCUUCCUGGCCUGUGCCUUCCUGCUGACCACUGCGCUGUACGGCCCCAGCGACCCCUUCACCCCAGGCGCGGCCCUGCCUCCAGCCCUGCCGCCUGGUGGCAACAGCUCCUCUGCGCCAGACAAUGGCACCGUCCCCGGGGCUGAGGGCUGGCAGCAGAUGCUGAGCCUGCUGCCUGAGCCCGCUGCUGAGAAGCUGCGUGAAGUCUGGGCCUUUGGGCAGAGUCACCAGAUUGGUGUGGUGGCUCUGGGCUUGCUCCUGUGCCUGCUGGCCAUGCUGCUGGCUGGCCGCAUCAGGCUGCGCAGGAUUGAUGCCUUCUGCAGUGGCCUGUGGGCCCUGCUGCUGGGCCUGCACCUGGCCGAGCAGUACCUGCAGACUGCCUCCCCCGGCUGGCUGGACACGCUCAAGUUCAGCACCACGUCCCUGUGCUGCCUCGUGGGCUUCACAGCAGCUGUGGCCACCAAGAAGGCGACGGGCCCGCGGAGGUUCCGGCCCAGAAGGUACUUCCCAGGGGACGCCGCUGGCCUCCUCCCCACCAGCCCCAGCCUGGCUGUACCUUACCCAGCUGUCGGAGGCUCGUCGCCACCCCUAUUUAUCCCCAGCCCACCCGGCUUCCUGCCGCUCACCAACCGGCAGCUGUUCCGGUCUGCCCGGCGGGCCUCGCCCUCCUCGCUGCCCGGCCGCCUCAGCCAGGCCCUCUCGCUGGGGACCAUCCCCUCUCUAACUCGAGCAGACUCAGGCUACUUGUUCAGUGGGAGCCGCCCCCCGUCUCGAGUGUCUCCGUCCGGAGAGGCCCCUGUGGCAGAUUACUUGUCUGUGCUGUCCGGAAGCUGCCCCACCUCUCCGCUGCCAUCGCCAGCGCCCUCCGUGGCCUCCAGCUCCGGCUCUCUGCGCCACCGCAGGCCCCUCAUCAGCCCUGCCAGGCUCAACCUGAAAGGGCAGAAGCUGCUGCUGUUCCCAUCACCCUCUGGGGAGGCGCCCCACACCCCCAGCAGCUCGGACGAGCACUCGCCUUCCAACAGCAGCCUCUUCACCCUCGAGUCGCCCCAGCUACCCCCGCGGCAGCCAGUGCAGGACUCCAAGCACACAGUGGAUGUGAGAGCCACAUCGGCCCAUGACCGCACCUACAGCAGCCGCUUUAUCAAAAAGGAGGACGAUUCGUCGCAGUCGUCCAACUGUGUGGUGGACACCACCACCAAGGGGUGCUCCGAGGAAGCCGCCACCUGGAAAGGUCGGCUGGGCCCCUGCCUGCUUCGCGGCCUCCUGGCCCUGAGCCUGGCGGCCAACGCCCUCUUCACCUCAGCCUACCUGUAUCAGAGCCUGCGCUGAGGCCCUGCCUGCCACAGCGGUCCUCCAGGGCACACCGCUGCUCCUCGGGCCUGGCUCACCAACCUCCGGCCCUGGAGCCUCCACUCCCCACCCGACCUGCGGUGCCGAGCUGACAAGGGCCCAGGCCUCUGCACCACCUGCCUCACCGCCCCAUGGCCCUUGUGCUUGGUGCUGACUCCAGCCCCCAGCCAGGGGUCCCUGCCAGUAGCCGACCCUGCAGGAGCCUGCCAGCAGGGCCACUCUGCUACUGUACCCCUUGAUCACAGUGGUCAGCCAUGGGCAGGGGGAGCUGGUCCGUGGUCACCACCUGUGGGAGGCGUAUGGCUGCAGCGCGUCCCCAUCUUUGGUGUCAUCAGCCCCGCGUUGCCCCCUCCUGUGUCGGCUCCGAUGGGGCCAGGUGGGGCUGGGCCUCCCACUGUCCUCUCCUCCCUCGGGAUGUCCCAGGAGGUCUCAGGGGCUCGUCAGCCUCCCUCGUCUGCUGCCCACAGGGUCCUUGCCCAGGCCCCACGUGACAUCUCAGGGCACCUUGACCAGCUGCCUCCCCUGGGGGUCACGACCACUGCCUAACACCUCUAACACCUCUGCACCCCCAGAGGAGCAGGAGAGACC